AUGGUAGACGCGGUCGAGCCUGUCGAGGUCACUGGUGACUCUGGUGCUGCUGCGGGAGCUGAGCCUGGGGGUGCGGAGUCUGGGGGUGCUGAGCCUGGAGGUGCCGAGUCUGGGGGUGCUGAGCCUGGGGGUGCUGAGCCUGGAGGUGCCGAGUCUGGGGGUGCUGUGCCUGGGGGUACUGAGCCUGGAGGUGCUGAGCCUGGGGGUGCUGAGCCUGGGGGUGCUGAGCCUGGGGGUGCUGUGCCUGGAGGUGCUGUGCCUGGGGGUGCUUCGUCUCGCCUGGAGACACUCUCCCCACAGGAGCUGCGUGAGUGGUUUGCCAGGCGCUGGAGGCGUGCUGCUGGUGCUGGUGGUUCUUCGGCUGCAGAGGGUACUGCUGCUGCGCGCCCUGCCGGUGCUCGUACAAUGGGUGCUGGAGCUGCUGAGUCUGAGAGUUCUCCUGGAGCUGGUCCUGCUGAGGGUGUUGGCGCUGAGCCUGCCGUUGGCGGUCCGACUGACAGUGCUCCUGGUGCUGCGGCUGGAGGUUCUGGAGCUUCUGGUGGUGCUGCUGGAGGUGCUGCUGGAGUGGGUGCACCUGCCGGGGCUGCUGGUGCUGUUCCUGCUGUUUCUAGCGUCGCCGCGCGGCCCCGACCGUACUUCGUUCCGCUCCUGCAGCAGGUUCUUAGUCUUACACCUCCUCCUCCUCCCUUAGAGGGUCCGCAGCCUGUCCGGUCACAGCCACAGCUACAGCCUGCCUCCCCUUUGCCUGCUCCUUCUCCCUACGCUGGUCCGACUGGAGGUCUUACUGAGCGUCGUGAGCCUGCGUCUCGUCCUGUGUCGCCUAUUCGUACUGAGCGCGCUAGUGGUCGCGGGUCGCGUCAGCGUCCUCCUCCUGUCCCUGGCACACACCGGAUGUCACUGCGUCCGUCCACUGCUCCUCUGCGUGCCCCUUUGCCUUCUCCUCCUGCUUCCUCUCUUCCUGCUCUUGCCGACCCGGAGUCGGACUCUCUUCGUGCUGCCAGUCCUACUGUCACGCGUCUCCUGGCUACUGCUGUCACUGACCCCUCCUUCGAGUCGUCUGCUGCGUCUGCCCUUGUCACUGAGCUUGUCGACUUUGCUGCGCGCUGUCGUCUGGACUACGCUGCUCGUCUUGUCACUGAGUCUGAGUCCGCCUGUCCUCCGUCCGUCGGGGGUGAGUGUGCCCUUGGCACGGACGUCCUUGAGGACAGGCAGGAGGAGUUCCAGUGUCUGGCCGCCGCUUCACCUCAUCUCGCGUCUGUACUGCUAGCCCGUAAGGGAGACCCGGAUGCACCAGACAUCCCGACUCCGCGCUCUUACGCGGAGGCGAUAGAGGGUCCCUACUCCUCUCAGUGGCAGGCAGCUAUGGAUGCAGAGAUGGCUUUCUGGAAGUCCACAGGCACCUACGUUGACGCUGUUCCCCCUCCUGGGGCGAACAUCGUCAGUGGCAUGUGGAUUUUCAGGGUGAAGCGGCCGCCGGGUUCUCCGCCUGUCUUCAAGGCGCGUUACGUGGCUCGUGGCUUCAGUCAGCGGCAGGGGGUUGACUACUUUCAGACCUUCUCCCCCACCCCGAAGAUGACCAAUCUUCGGGUUCUGCUGCACGUUGCUGCUCACCGUGACUACGAGCUCCACUCUCUCGACUUCAGCACAGCUUUCUUGCAGGGCAGCCUGCACGAGGAGAUCUGGCUGCGUCGCCCACCUGGCUUCACUGGGUCUUUCCCUCCUGGUACCCAGUGGAGUCUCCGGCGUCCAGUCUACGGUCUCCGCCAGGCGCCACGUGAGUGGCACGACACACUGAGGACUACGCUCGCGGCACUUGGGUUUGCUCCUUCCACUGCCGACCCGUCGCUGUUUCUGCGCACCGACACCUCUCUGCCGCCGUUCUACAUCCUCGUGUACGUCGACGACUUGGUCUUUGCCACAGCUGACACUGCUGGACUCCCCUACGUGAAGUCCGAGCUGCAGAAGAGACACACGUGCACUGACCUGGGUGAACUGCGCAGCUACCUUGGCUUGCAGAUCACCCGGGACAGAGCACGCCGCACCAUUACCCUGACUCAGUCACACAUGGUGCAGCAGGUCCUUCAGCGCUUCGGCUUCACGUACUCCUCGCCUCAGGCCACUCCUCUGCCUACUCGCCACUCGCUCUCAGCUCUGCCUUCGGAUGAGUCCGUAGAGUCGAGUGGCCCGUUUGCAGAGCUUGUUGGCUGCCUCAUGUACCUGAUGACCUGCACACGACCUGACCUCGCAUACCCUCUUAGCAUUCUUGCACGCUUUGUUGCUCCUGGGAGACACCGACCAGAGCACAUGGCUGCAGCGAAGAGGGUGUUGCGCUACUUGUGCAGUACGUCGGGCAUGGGGCUAGUGCUUGGAGGGCGCAGUCCAGUGGUCCUCACUGGGCACGCAGACGCUUCUUGGGCUGACGACCAGGCUAAGCAGCGGUCGUCACAGGGUUACACCUUCAGCCUUGGUUCCGGCUCUGUCUCGUGGCGGGCUACCCGCUCGUCUUCUGUUCUCGGCUCCAGUUGUGAGGCUGAGAUCUACGCUGGGGCUAUGGCUGCACAGGAGUUACGCUGGCUCACCUACCUGCUGACCGACCUUGGAGAGCAGCCUCGUUCUCCUCCAGUCCUGUACGUAGACAACAAGGCCAUGCUGGCCUUGUGUCGAGAGCAGCGACUGGAGCACAGAACGAAGCACAUUGCUCUUCGCUACUUUCUUGCUCGUGAGCUACAGCAGCGUGGACAGCUGCGACUUGCGUACGUGGCCUCUGAGGCCAACACUGCUGAUGUCUUCACCAAGGCACUUGCGCCUUGUGAUCAUCAGCGUUGCUGCACGCAGUUGGGUCUUGUGCCUGUCUUGCCUCACUUGCUCUCCUCUUGA